AUGGCAACCAGCGGCAGCCCUCCCUGUAUGCUUGUCGCCCAAACCCUUCCAAAGUUCGAGAAAUGCAGAGCAAUGUCUGAACUCCGGCAACUCCACGCCCACAUUAUCAAAACAAACCUCGUUACCCACACAUUGAUCAUAAACAAACUCGUAUCCUCCUGUUCUCUCUCUGGCGGCCUGGAGCACGCCCUUUCGGUCUUUCGUCGAAUUGAAAACCCCAAUCCCUUCAUGUUUUUCACACUCAUAAGGCACAUUUCUGAGAGUGCGAAUCCGUUGGAAGCUGUAGUUCUCUAUGCGCAUAUGCUCUCUUCUUUGAAAAGUUUGGAUGGUGUCGAAUUUUCGAUCCCUGCUGUACUGAAAGUGUGCGGCAAGUCGUGGGCUUUGGAGGAGGGGACGCAAGUUCAUGGCCAAGUGUUGAAAACCCAGUUGCUGUUUGAUAUGUAUGUGGCGAACGCAUUGAUCAGGAUGUACUCGGAGCUGGGAGAGAUUGACUUGGCAAAGAGGGUGUUUGAUAAAAUGCCUCAGAGAGAUGUAAUUUCUUGGAAUUCACUGAUUACAGGUUGUUUGAGGCUGCGGGAGAUUGAUUUGGCUCAUGAGCUUUUCAAUAAGAUGCCCGAAAGGGACUUGGUUUCGUGCAAUGCGAUGAUCGAUGGGUAUGGGAAGAGCGGGAAGUGUGAGCUUGCAGAGCAGGUUUUUAGGUCUAUGAAUAAAAAAGAUGUGGUUACUUGGACAUCAAUGGUUUCAGCAUAUGUAUUCAAUCACCGUCCGAAGGAAGCAUUGGGUUUAUUUAGGGAAAUAUUGAAUGUCGGGAUUCGACCUGAUGCCCCUGCUCUUGUUAGUGUUCUAUCAGCCAUCGCCGACUUGGGUUUUGUUGACGAAGGCAAAUGGGUGCAUACUUACAUUUCGACAAAUAAGAUUAAGCUGAGUUCUGGGUUUAUUGCUUCGGCUCUUAUAGACAUGUAUGCGAAAUGUGGACAUAUAGAAAAUGCCUAUCAUGUCUUCAAACAGGUAUCUCAUUAUAAAAAUGUCGGGGACUGGAACUGUAUGAUCUCCGGCCUUUCAAUGCAUGGGCUUGGUCAUCAAGCUCUGGAGGUAUUCCUUGACAUGAAAACAAAAGAAAUCAAGCCAGAUGAGAUCACUUUCUUAGGACUGUUGAAUGCUUGUAGUCAUGAAGGUCUAGUUGAAGAGGGCAAGUUUUGUUUUAAACUCAUGCAGGAGAAGUACAAAAUCAUCCCUACAAUUCAGCACUAUGGAUGCAUUAUUGAUCUCUUAGGUAGAGGCGGGCAAUUGGAUGAUGCUGUUGAGAUUGUACAGAAUAUGCCCAUGGAGGCUGAUGUUAUUGUUUGGAAAGCUAUUCUCAGUGCUUGUGUGCAGAACGGUGAUUUUGCAAUUGGGGAAAGUGCUGCCUUGAAGGCCAUAGAGUUAGCUCCCGAAGACUCAAGUUGUUACAUUCUCCUCUCAAAUAUUUACGCCAAAGUUGGGAGAUGGGAUGAUGUGCGCAAGGUCAGAUUAAUGAUGAAACGAAGAGGAGUGAGAAAGAUUCCUGGAUCCAGUUCAAUCCUUGUGAACGGGAAGGUUCAUGAAUUUCUUGUGGGAAAGGAAAUGGAUGUUAAAUGUAAUGUCGAGGUUCUUUCAAAGAUAGAAGAGGUGGUCUCUAGGUUGAAACUGGAAGGAUAUAAGCCUGACCUGACUCAAGUUCUUCUGGAUAUUGAAGAGGAAAAUAAAGAGAGCUCACUUACCCUUCACAGCGAGAAGAUGGCACUUGCAUUUGGACUAAUAAACACUAGCAACGGAGCUCCUAUUCAUAUAGUGAAAAACUUAAGGGUUUGCUGUGAUUGCCAUUCGUUUAUCAAACUGGUUUCUCGCGUUUACAAUUGCCGAGUUGUUGUGAGAGACCAAAACCGUUUCCAUUGUUUUGAGAAUGGUUCCUGCUCCUGCAAUGACUUUUGGUAG